GAUUGGAUCACCAUACUAACCUGAUCUACACCUACGCCACAAGUCGGCACACCUAUGGAGAUGGAGCCUAUACUAAUCCCCCUCCCGGCGAUAGAGACCGACUCCAACCCAACCGUACGAUACACUCACUGGGCAAACCAACUCAGGCGACUCCAGACCGCAGUUGCGAACGGCUUCAAGGAUUAUCAAAUUGAGAACUUGCACUCUAGCCCGCCGUAUUUCUUGAUGGUUUACAACAGAACACACGACUUUCUGCGCGGGGUAUCUAGAGAACUGGCCAAGCCGUCAACCGCGGAUGAAGGUAUUAUGCGUCUCAUCUACGGAGGCAGUGAGCUUCUUGAGGCAUGUCGCAUAUAUCUCCAGCAGAAUGCGAGUGCCCUAAUGAGUUUCAAUGGAUUCCACAGCCAGCUGUUAUCCCAGCUCGAUGCUCUGUCCCGACAGCCAUUCGUCUCCUUCGACAGCGCCAUCGAGACCCAUAUCCAGAGGAUGACUUGGCUGGUUACCGACCUCGCGCCGAAGCGCGAAGCGGCCUGGAAGAAUAAAGACCUUAUCAACAGCGACAAGUUCCAGAAGGCGUACAACGCGUUCAUAGACCUCCAGUACGACGAUAGGUGGGGCGACAGCGAGCGGCGCUUUUUCGUCGCGGAAUCCCAGCGGAUCCUCGAGGAUGCCUUCUUGGGCCUCGGUCUGCCGGUGACAUUGGCAAGAAUACCGAGUGGAUUGUUUGACGACAGCAGACGUCCGACCUACGUCGAUUACGCAGCUGAUGACGAUAGAUUCUUCUACGGAGAAGGAGUGCGGCCGGGAGUAUAUAGUGUUAUAUUACAGCUGGGCGGGACCCUCACCAGGCAGCAGAGGGCCGGGAUAAGGAAAGCGAUGGGGGCCAGAGCGACGCCGAAGGCCUCCAAACCGCCAUCGCGGGCGUCCAAGAAAUCCCAGAAACCACCUGCGCCCAAGCGGAAGAAGCGAUCCGGACGGUCCGGGCGAACGAAGGGCCGAGCACCGAAGCGACGGCGAACCGAUGGGGGCUAUAGCAUGGACAUGAAGAACGCCGAUGCCGACAUCGAGGACGUCUACAGCGACGCGAGGUUCGACGGGGUGGCGGCGCGGCCGCUGGACCAGCUCGUCACGCCGACGGCGGCGAACCGGGAGGCGAUGCUGAGCUCGUACCGGCGGGACUUUGUGGCGAUCCUGGGGGAGGCGCACGCGCGGUUCUACGACCCGCGCUCCGGGCCGCCGGCGCGGGCGGGCCGCGACGGGGUGCUGGCGGCGCUCGAGGCCGGGAUCGAGGAGCAGCGGGCGCGGGCGGCGCGCGACGGCGUGGCGGGCGCCGGCGCCGGCCGCCUGAAGCAGGCCAAGCUGGCCGCCUUCGCGCUCAAGUACCUGCGCGCGCUGCACACGAAGCUGGUGCUCGCGUCGCCGCCGGCGCCCGGCGCCCGGCUCCCCGCCGCCGCCCUCGCCGCCCGCCUCGACGACUGGAUCCUGCACGAGCGCGUCUGGAACGCGGGCGACGCCAAGUCUGCCGCCGCCCCGCGCACCUCCGCCGCCACCCGCGCCCUCCUGCGCGAGGACAUCGCCCGCCGCGACGCCAACAUCGCCAGCUGGGAGGCGCUGCGGGCGGCGCUGGAGGAGGAGGAGGGCGAGGAGGAAGAAGAGGACGAAGAGUAUAAGGAAGAAGAGGAUGACGACGACGACGAUAAGGGAGAGGGAAAGGAGGGAGGAGCCCAGGGAGCAGGCUCAGAGCCCCCUGCGCCCCCGUUCCACUUCCUCGCCCAGACCCUCGAGCCGGGAAUCCCCGGGCAGUUUGUGUUCUUGGACAAGCGGGGGGAGCGGCGGCGCGAGGAGCGGCGGAGAGCGGAAAUCGCUCGGGCGGGCCGGGCGCCUGAGAGUUUCGGGGGCGGCGGGCGCGAGGAGGAGUACGCAAGGGAGGACGCGCUGCGGGAGGCGGCGAGGGCGGCCUUUCGCACUGGCGGCCCUCCCGGGUACCAGGGCAUCCCGCAGGCGGCGGUGUACCAGCGGCUCAUAUACAUGAUCGUGCUCACGCAAUGGCGCUGCUACCAGGCGCGGUUUCUCCUGUGAUUUCUCUAGGCGAGGAGGAGGGG